CUGAUGUGCAUUUCAGCGCCGCUCUUUGUUCUCUACAAAACUACCACUAAUACCUACUGCAGACUAACACCCAAGAUUUCUAAGGUUCAACUGGGAAGCAGGAACUGGAGUGACCCAGGAGAUUCACACUCUGGGACUGAAGCAGGUAACAGACUGUCUCUGCUUCCACAUCCUCAACCCUAAUGUCUUCCAACAAUACAUCCCCAACUGGACGUAGGAAAUGGAUCCCAUGUAGCAAAAAAUGGCGUGAACAAAUGGAAGAGCUUUCUAACAUGGAGGACAGUAAGGUGAGGACAGUGGGGGGCCUGACAUUUGUCCCUAAUGACGAGAGAUUCCGGAUUGCUCUGAUGGGACAGACUGAAGUCCUCUUGGGACUCAAGAAGGAUGGCACGGAGGUCGCCAUAAAGAAGAUGCUCAUAUCCAACUACAAGAAGUUCCAAGAUGAGCUGAAAGUUUUACAGGGAUACAGGUUUAACAGUCUUCACGUUGUACAGUAUGUGGACUCUGAAGAUGAGGGUGACAUUGGCUACAUCGCCAUGCAGUUGUGUGACUACAACCUGGAGGAAUACAUAAAAAAACAACCAGCAGAGCCAGAGAGGAAACGAAUAGUGAAAGAGUUUCUUGAGGGUCUGAAAGACAUUCAUGAGCAUCCAAAAGCUAAAUUAAUCCAUCGAGACAUCAAGCCUCAAAACAUUUUAAUUGAUGCUGAUGAUGGGGUGAGGUUUGCUGACUUUGGGAUAAGUCGCACCUUAGAGCCGGGCCAGACUACAAGGGUGACAGGCAGAGUUGGAACAGAUUACUGGGAGGCCACAGAAAUAGUCAAGAACCCACCAGGAGACCAGGGCAUUCGGUACAAGCGAAGCGCUGAUAUACAGGUAGCUGGAAUGCUGGUCUACUACAUUCUCUCAGGUGGAAAACAUCCCUUUGGCGAUGACAUCCGGUGUAUAAGCAACAUUUAUAAUGGUGACUACCAACUUCAGUACCUUAAUGAUGAUGAAGAAGCCAAGGAUUUGCUUGAGAGCAUGCUCAAUGUUAAUCCAGAUGCGAGGCCACGGAUCACAGAAGUUCUCAGCCAUCCCUACUUCUGGGAUAAGAGCAGCAAAGAGAGUUUCCUGAUACAGGUGGGGAAUGUCCCAGAGGUAAAAAACUAUGACGGAUCGGUAUAGAUAAGGAAGAGAAAGUUAAGUUAGGGGAAGUUCUCAAAGAACUGGAAGUGGAUAAGAAAAGCUUUUCCACAUGGAAAACUCGGCUGGACCAUGUGACAGAUGAACACAUCAAGAAUAAAUGGUUGAAGCUUGUGCAGACCAAUACAAAAGAGCCGAAAGGAAAGAAGGGAAAAGGGGAAAAGGGGAAAAAAAAGUCCUAUCCAGAGACCCUGCUAUGUCUACUUCGCUUCACACGCAACCGCUGGAUUCACCCGCCUUCCGAAGAGCCAGAUGUAAUGGAAACAAUCAACGUGAUGGAGCUCUUCCCGGACCUUGUUCUCACGGCUUACAAGCUUGACAAAAAGAGAGGCUGGAAGAUUAAUAAACUCCUGCCAUCAACUCCUCCAAAUAAGAGAAAAGCUGAGUCCUCCAGCACAGCUAAGGUGGGCGGUAAGGAACCUGAUGCUCCUCCCCAGAAGAAGACACAGCGUGAACCAAGCCUGAUGGAUGUGGAUGAGCCCUCCCCAAGGGGUAGCUUUUGAGCAUUAGCCUAUGUCUGCACCUUCAUUGCAUAAAAAUCCAGGACAGAACUUUUUCUUCAAGAACAAGGCAGCUCUAGAAACUCGUCUUCCCACUCUCCAGCCCAUCCUGAUCCUACUCCAGCAGAGGCAGGUUCUGAAUGACCAUGAGCGGGAACUGGUGACAAGCAAAUCUACCAGCACACAACAGAACUAUGCUCUGCUCACCAUGAUACAGAAUAAAGGACCCACAGCCCAACAGGUGUUCUUUGAGGUUUUAAAGAGGGUUGACCCAUUCUUGAUACAGGACCUGAAAGCAGGGGCGCCGCUGGGGUGGUGGGUAUAGAUGAUUCUAAUGAUUCUAAGGGCCCAGCACUGACAGGGGGACAUAUUAUAUAUGGGGGUGGUGGUGGUGGUGGUGGUGGUGGGGGUCUUGCAUAGAGCCCAAAUUUUCUAGCAGCGCCCCUGGCUGGAUGGUUGAUGUUAAAGGGCAGGUGACUCAGACAUGAGCAAUAUAUAUUUUUGCAAAUAUAUAUAUAUUGCAAAAUUAAAAUGCUAUAUGUGGUAUAUGUGGUGUGUAAAUUCACUGCGAUACAAAUAAAAUACAGUGAUUUUGA